AAUUAGAAUCACCAAUUAAUCUUUGAAGCAUUUUGGGCUGUGGGAAGACGCCAGAGUCCCCAAGAAAAUGGAUGCAUGCACAAGAACAACAUGCAAACUCAACACAGAAAGGAGUCAGCCUGGAUUUAAACCAGGGCCUUCUCGUUAUAGGCAAGAGUCCUACUCACACAGUGCAGCCCAUCAGCAUCCCUCCUGGAGUGAAAUUUACCAAUUUCUAAAUAUCUUCUUUGCUUUAAGGUGCCUGAGUUACCGAUUAUGUAUUCUUGCCAUAUGAACAUGAUUUAUAGCUCUUCUUAGUGUUGAGACAUACCUUUGUUCUUGAUAUUCACAAAUGAAUGGCGACAGGAGAACGUUAUGAUUAAAACUCAUUUUUUGCAUAAUAUCUCAGAAAAAACACACACAUGCACAACUGUGCUUUUUUUAUUGCUAUCAGUACCAUUUAAAGCGGGGUCCACGAAUUACAAAAAAUCACACGUUCCUGUAACUUAAUUUGUCAAACUGCUGGUUAGAGUUACUUCUGUGAAAGCAAUACCUGCAGGCCUUAUCAUGUGAUCACUUGUGGCAUGAUUCCAGAGGAAUCCAUGACACAGCAUGCAUCUCUGCUCAACAAAGGGAAGCCAGGUAUGCCUGCGUAGGUUGAUUCACACCUGUUGGGUGAGUUUUGUCUCAUUCUUUCACGUCUGACGCUUCGGAAACUUUCAGGUGUUGCCUCAUCAUGGCUGUCAAACAUUUCUCUGUGGAGUACGACAAGCUGAGCGAACGAGGCGCCCACUCUCCCGGAGACGUCCUUUCCGGAAAAGUAACUGUGGUGACAAGUAGGAAAAUCAAAGUGCAAUGUUUUUAUGUCAAAGCAAAAGGAAAGGCCAAGGUCGCCUGGUAUGAAGAGGAAGGACAAACAAAAGUGCUCCACAGCAACAAGAAGAAAUACUUUGAAUUUGAACAUAUUGUUAUUCAGGAUAAAAACAAAGGCGAUGGUUAGUAACUUUCAGAGGACUUCAGGAAAGCUAUGUUUUAGUGCAUGUAAGAAUUUGCUUCUUUUUUGUUUUUAAAGGUUCUGAAAUAAUGCCACCAGGGAAAAAUGUGUAUCCAUUCAGCUUUGUAAUUCCUAAUAUAGACAUGCCUUCCUCUUUUAAAGGGAAAUGGGGGAAGAUCACAUACAGUUUGCGAGCUAAGCUCACUCAGUCCAUUUGGCUUUUUCACAAAACCAAAACCGAAUUUCCUUUUUUCACCAACUCGGAGUUUCCGUUUGGCUCUAAAUCGGAGGCAAUGAUCAUUGAACUCAAGGAGCAACAAUUUGCCUCCAGGGUUACAUUUUUUGGCUCUGGAAAGGUCACCAUGAAUGUCAGCUCUGAAAAAGUGGGGCUAGAGCAAGGUCAGGCGGUGGGAGUAUUUUGUGAAGUGCUCAAUGAUUCAACGUGCCUGGUAACUCCCAAGUUCUACCUGUGCGAGAAACAGACAUUUGUUGCUCAGUCAAAGCGGAGAAUUCACACAAAUGAGAUUCUGUUUGGGACAGGAGAUCUGGUUCCUGUAAGCAGCUGCAUCACCACCAAAGUUCUAAGUAUCCCUCCACAGAGCUACCCCACCUUUUUCAACUGCUGCAUGAUGAAGCUUGAGUACAGAAUCAAGGUUUCCCUUGAUGUCCAUUCAGCAACAAACCCAGAAAUCAAACUCCCUCUUGUCGUCCUGCGAGGUUUUCCAAAACCUCCCACACAAAAACCAAAGAGAUCCAUCUGGUUUAAGAAGUUUCCUGCUUCAAAAAAUGCAUAAACUUAAAAAAGACAAAGAAAACAAAUGUAUAAAAUAUUGAAUUUUCCUUUUGAUAACAAAUUAAAAUUAAAAUCAGUAGAUAUCUUUCUGCUUAUUGGUACAUUGUGUGAAUGAACAUUUUCUUUUCUCAUACUGUUUCAGGCUCAGCUGAUCUCUUUUUACAUUUGUCCACUAGGGGGAGAUGUUACUCUCAAAUCAAUUCCACAUGCUUCUGAAGAUUUUAUUCAACGUCUGAGUUCUUGUAACAAAAGAAAAUGGUAUCAUUAGUUUUUAACAAAGUCAACAGUUUACGCCAAAAAAAAAGAGAUGAAUACCUUUUCUGCAUAAAUUAGUCCAGUGUUUUUCAACAAGUGUGCCGCAGCACACUUAGUGUGCCGUGGGAGAUGGUCAGGUGUGCCGUGGGAAA